UUGGUUUUUUAAAAAAGAAAUACCUAGUGCAAAAUUAAACACACAAUCAGAUUCGGGGUGUUAUUUUCUUUAACUUUUGCUUUUUUGUUUUAUUAAGUGUGAUCCAUAUAUGCAAAACCAUUUAAAACUAUUUAUGUAAUUUAAGCAGAAACCGCACACAAAAUUCCGAAUAAGAAACACUUGCGCAAUGUUUCGCGUGGCCAUCAAAAUCAAUGUUCCGAAGAACCAUUCCAAUUGCAUUUCAAUCUCGCGGCAAAUGUCGCUGGCCAAACGGUUCCUGAAUGCCAAUCAAUUUCAAACUACCACAAUUGGAUUUGGAGGAAAGGAACAGCGAACAGCGCCAUCGUCGGCGACAUCGCAACUACACGCAGCUGGCAAGCAGCAAAAGAAGUCGCCCAGUUUGGACAACAGCAAUGAGCAGCCGACAAGCAGCACGCGCUGGCCACGCAAGGUGUUCAGUGGCAUCCAGCCAACGGGUUCACUGCAUCUGGGCAACUAUUUGGGUGCAGUGCGAAAAUGGCUGCAAAUGCAGGAGCAGAACAGCAGCGAUAACAUCACCAUUUGCAUUGUGGACAUGCAUUCGAUAACAAUGCCACACAAUCCUCCAAUGCUGCGUGACAAUAUCUUCACCAUGGCGGCCACGCUUCUCGCCUGCGGCAUUGAUCCGGCCAAGUGCACGUUGUUUGUGCAAUCGGCGGUGCUGGAGCACAGCGAAUUAAACUGGAUACUCAGCUCGUUGACGACAAUGCCGCGACUGGCGCAGCUGCCGCAGUUCAAGGAGAAGUCGCGACAGGUGCGCGAUGUGCCGCUGGGUUUAUAUGUCUAUCCCGUGCUGCAGGCCGCCGACAUAAUGCUCUACAAAGCUACCCAUGUACCCGUUGGCAUUGAUCAGCUGCAGCACAUUCAGCUGGCCCAGCAUCUGGCACGCAACUUCAAUGGACGCUAUGGCGAGCUGUUUCCCGUCUGCACGCCUGUCAUUGAGCAGGACGAUGGCUCCAGAGUCUUGUCUUUGCGUGAUGUGUCGAAGAAGAUGUCCAAAUCGGAUCCUAAUCCCAAGGGCACAAUUAAUCUGGCCGACACCCCUGAACAAAUCAAAGAGAAGAUCAAAAAGGCUGUGACAGACUUUACGUCAGAUAUUUCUUACGAUCCAAAUACGCGUCCAGGCGUCAGUAAUCUCGUCAAUAUACAUGCCCAUGUAACGAACUCGAGCAUUGCCACCGUUGUAGAGGAGGCCAGUACCUUGGAUACCGGACGCUACAAGGAACGUGUGGCCGAUGCCGUCAUUGAGCAUUUGCGUCCCAUACGCGAGCAGAUCGAUCGACAUAUGGCGAAUCGAAAGGAGCUGAGCUACAUGCUGGAAAUGGGUGCCGAUCGAGCGCGUCAAGUGGCCCAGCAAACGAUGCUGGAGGUGAAGCAACGACUAGGACUAGGCACUUAUUGCAAUCAACCGGCUAGUGUACAGGUUGCGCCACUGCUGCCAGAGCAUUCCAAGCUGACGGCGAGUCAACGACUGGCCAAGGGAGUUUUGCACCCGGAGGUCAAUGCGCACAAUCAGCCGCAUUUCGAGCAACGCAUGGAGGCGGGACGUUCCAUUAAUGUCAUUGGGGGCGAUGCUGGUGAGGCUAUCAGCGGUGAUUUCGAUACAAUGCAACAGCAGCUGCAAUCGCGGAACAUGCGACGCAUGAUCCAGAAACCCAUUGUGCCUGUGCAGACGCUGCGCGUAGAGAAGUCAAGGAAUCGAACGGCGUCACGUCAUGUCUUCAAGCUGGACACUUUUAAUGUGCCCAAGGUGGGCUUCAAUGCGCCUUCAAUGCAAGGCCCAACCCUGCACAACGCUCGACGCUCUGCAUCGCCGGCAAGUGGACAACUGGGUUUUGCUGCCACGCUGCCUUUGAAUGCGGUCAACAGCAUUUCGGGCUUUAAAUAUGGACAGAGCGGCAAUCACAGCGCCUUGGCUUCGGUGACUAGUCAAGCGAAUGCGAUUACCAAGCAGCAGGAGUUGGUCAGCACUUUGGCCAACAGUGCCUUCUAUAAGGCAGCGGCCAGUUCCUUUAACAAUGCCAAUCCGAGUGUGGUCAAUACUGCAGCCAAAACAGUCCGCAGCAAACAACAACAACAGCAGUUGCAGCCAGCGGAGUGUGAUCAGAGCGAGUCCGAGCAGGCCGAUGAGGACAUUGAGCAAUCGUUGGAUCAGCAGGAUGAGGAUGAGGAAUCCUCCGCGCCCUCGUCCAGUGACAUUUCGAAGCCAGAGGCCACAAAAAUGGAGAAUUAAAUAAGCACCAUGCAAAACGUGUGCACUGUUGUUGUUUGGUAUAGUCUUUGUAAGCAAAAAUCGUCUGUUAAACUUAAACACUAGUCAACCAAAAAAAAAAAAAUACACAAAUUUAAAUUUCGAAGUGUAAA